AUGAUUAAAAUAUUGAUUGUUUUAUAUUUUUGUUGUAUUAAAUUUUCUUCUUUAAACUUUCUUCGUUUACCUUCAAAUUCGUCUGAUGCAUUAUCACAAGAUUGCGUUAAUGAUAUUUUAUUUACUACAGUCAAAAACAAUGAAGUUAUUUAUUCUGUAAAUGUUGAUUUAAAUAUUAAUUUACCGAUUAUAAAAUUUAACACUACUGAAACUUUAAAAAACGUGUUUAAACUUGCAAUUCAACCGGAUGUGUAUGUAUUGAAAGAAACGCCAAAUAUUGAAGAAUUAAUAAAAAAACUUUAUUUUAAAGGGUUAUUUAACCCGCGAGGAAUUGUUAAUAACAGUAGAAUUGUAAAGAAGCGAAAAUUUAAAAUUAUAAAUGCAUUGGAGUGUCACGAUAGUUUCAACAACCGGAUUGAUGCAUUUAGAUAUACGAUACGAGAGAAGAUUAGGGAAUUGAAUAUAAUAUACCAAAAACAGCCACCUUAUGUAAUAAGCCCAAAAGAAGGUUUGAACACUGAGAUAGUAAAUUUAAUAGCAUCAAGUCUUAAGGUUAAACCUAAUUAUAAAUUGUCAAAUUUAAGCGAUACUAUUGGUUUUGUAGAUGAAAAUGGGCAAACAACUGGAAUGCUAUUGGAUGUACGAAAUGGAAAGUUUGAUUUGUCAAUUAAUAUACUAAUUAGUUUUUUUAACGAAUACUUAUAUUUUGAUAUAACGAUUCCUAUCAUGGAUGACGUUGGAGCAUUUAUAGUUGCUAGAAAUCGUGUAACUGAUUACUGGAAAAUGUUUUACGAAGAAUUUACUUUAACAGUAUGGAUUUGUUUAUUUGCUUCUAUAGUAAUAUGCUACGUUAUUUUAUAUAUGAUCCAAAAAAUUUUACCAAACGCUAAACACAAUUCAUCUUUAUUCAUCAAUAUUUUACGACUAUUUUUAGAAGGAACGUCGCCAAUUAAAUCCGAUUCGCAAGCUUUCAACAUCUUGUUUCUAUUUGUUUUAUUUAAUUCCUUUAUUUUAACAACUCUUUAUAAAAGUAAGCAAUUCAAUUUUAUGAACACAGACCAAUCUUACCAACGAAUCAGUUCUGAACAAGACAUUUUCAAAUAUAAAUUAAGAAUUGUGUUAAAUAAAGGUGUUUUUAUGUAUAACGCAGCAUCUGACAAGCCUUUGGAGAAAUUGCUAAAUAAGUAUGAUCCCAUAAUUUGUAAUCAAACCAUAAGCUGUAUGUACAUGACGGCAUUUAACAAAGAUUUAGUUGGUAUACAUACCUUAAGAACUGUGAAAUAUUACAUAUCAAAAGAGUUGGUAGAUUCCGAAGGCAAAUCGUUGAUUUAUAUUCUUCGAAGCGAUCAUAUGAGAUCUUAUUUUUAUUGGUUUUUUCGGAAAGGACAUCCUUUAUUUGAACAAUUUAAUGAGAAACUAUUGAAGGCCCGCGAAGCUGGAUUGAUAGAUUACAUUUAUAAAAGAAAUGACAUGAAAACUCAAAGAGCCAUAGCUCUUACUCAAACUAGUAACACUUUUCAAGCAAAGCCUUUAAAAUUGGAAGUACUGCAUAGAAUGCUUUCAAUUUUAGUUAAUUCAAUUUUAAAUGCCUCCAAAAGGUUAAGCCAAUCCAAUAGAAUAUUUACAUCAAAUUUUCAUUGUAUUAAUGGUAUCAACAACAUGAAUCUAGUAAAAUCUACAUUUUUGGAACCCAAUACUGCAGCUGUUGUUCCCACUUGUGGAUUUAAAGUUAUGGGAAAAGUAAGAAGAAGAUGUAAAGAUUGUUUCAUUGUUCGAAGGGAAGAAAGAUUAUUCGUUCUAUGUAAAACACAUCCAAGACAUAAGCAAAUGCAAAUAGCUAAAAAUCCUAAAAAUACUUGGAUAUUAACACAUGCAACACAAUCUAAAGUAAGGCCUUGGUAACAACACCU